AUGUCUUUUAAUCUUUUUCGCCCUUUAUUAUCUUCUCGUGCAGUUAAUUCACUCAGUGGAUCAAUACGCACUUACUCAGUCCUGUACACCGCGCGUUGUACAUCAACCGGCGGUCGAGAUGGCCAAGCUAAAUGUGAUGAUAAUCCAUCGCAUUUAAAUGUGAAAUUAACUAAACCAAAAGAACUAGGUGGUUCUGGUGGUGAUGGAACAAAUCCCGAGGAAUUAUUUGCUGCUGGUUACAGUGCUUGUUUCUUAGGCGCUAUGGGUCUAGCUGCUAAAAAUUUGAAGAAAAACUUACCAAGCUCAACAACUGUCAGUGCAGCUGUUAGUAUCGGUAAACACACCAAUGGCAAUCUAGGUUUAAAAGUUGAUUUAACGGCAAAACUGCCAGGUGCCAGUCAAGCUGAUGCCGAUGCUAUUGUUAAAGCUGCACAUCAAAUCUGUCCCUAUUCUCAUGCAACACGCAAUAAUGUUGAUGUCGCAAUCAAAGCUACCACAUAA